UCCUCCCUUCUCCUUUGUUGUAAACCUGCAUUAAUAAACCAUCAAUCAAACGAGUACCACUUAAGGAGGAAAGAAGCGAUAGCGUACUUCAGUGAGGAAAGUUACAUACUAUUGAAAAGGAAACUGUGUGAAUAUGAAGAAGAGAGGACCGAGAGGAGGAGGAGGACCUGCGAUACAAAGCGUUACCAGGUCAAAAGAAAGGAACAGUUCAUAAGAAGAAGAAGAAGAAGGCAAGUAUCCGGAAAGUAAGCGACGUAAAUAAAAACUUGGAGAGCGAACCAAAACGCCGGUUAAAAAGAGGAAAAACAAGGAAUAAGAGAAAGAGGAAGAGCUAAUAGAGAAAAAGAAAGAAAGAUUAAGCAACUGAGUGAUAAAAUUUGACCUAGGAAGACGUACAAAGCGAUAAUAUAAUAGAUAGCGAGCCGUCCUGGCAUCGCUCCCUGCCAGCAGAGCGAGGAGUAGCUUGCUACGUUCCCUCCCUUCCCUACGUUGCUUGGUUGGUUUGGCUGCGUUGCUUGCUUGUUUUGGUCAUCAUGAGUUUUGACAUCAUUACUGAUAUCACGCGUGAUGAGGACACUGCAUAUUCAUUUCUGCAACAAAGUCGGUGUAUCAGACGCACCGCUCCAAACUGCAGUGUGUGUGACAAGGCGAUGACCUGGGUGAGGGCCGGGGAUGGCAAGAAAUAUGUGUGGAGGUGCCCAUCUCACAAGGGUCACAAAAUGUCUCCACGCGUUGGAUCCUUCUGGCAAAAUUCUAAUUUGCCCCUUGCAAAACUUUUGCAAUUAGCUUUCUUUUGGAGUUAUAGUAUACCAAAUAAGACAUGUGAAGAAUUCACUGGUGUGCAGACUCAAGCAGUGGUACAGUGGUAUCAGCACUUCAGAGACGUUUGUUCUUAUUAUCUUGAGCAGAACCCCAUUAGGAUUGGCGGUCCAAAUGUAAUAGUUGAGCUUGAGGAGUUUGUCAUAACAAAACAGAAGUACAAAAUGGGUCAUCUUGUUCCUGAGAGACGGGUUUUUGGAGGCAUUUGUCCUGGUACCCAGGAAGGCUUCCUUUUGUGUGUGCCAGACAGAGAGGCAGCCACACUACUUCCCAUCAUUGAAGAACAUGUUCUUCCUGGCUCCAUAAUUCACACUUAUGGAGGGACCUCAUAUGAUGGGAUUGCCAGAAUAAAGGCUCAGCCACCUUACAUCCACCACACCGUCAACCCUGGUACAAGUUCCUGUACAAACCAUGUGAAAAAAUACUUGCAAAAGGUCAAACAAAAGUUCAAAGCUAUGUGUGGGGUUCAAGGAAAUUUUGUUGAUAGUUAUUUGGAUGAAUUCCGAUGGAGACAAAAGUUUGGAAAAAAUGGAAUGGAUGCAUUCAACAAUCUUUUAAUCCAUAUCAGUCAAUGGUAUCCAACACCUUAAUGACACACACACACACACACACACACACACACACACAUCCACAUCCACGAUGCUCAUCUCGCAACUUAAAAAUAAUCCAACACUUGAAUAACACACAUGACGCCUGUCUCGCGACGUAAAAGUGAUCCAACACUUGCAUAAGGAAGAAGAUGGCAGCGAAGAAGAAUCGUAAUUAUGGGAUGAGUGGCCUUGAGGCUUGUGCGUGAUUGGCUGGAGCGGGGGUGUAGCAGGAGACUCACUGAUUGGCUCUGCCUCCCAGUGCCUUAAUAUUAUUAUUACGCCCCUUAUCCUUGGGCAACAUUGAGCUGUAUAUGGGUAAAAAUGCCUACACAACUCCCGAACACAAGUAUGAUUGAGAGGGCAAUAGAAAGUAGGCUACGGUAGAGAGUUAGAGAGAGUGAAUGUAUGACAAUGUGGAAGGGACUGACCCAGAUUCCAUAGGAGUGCCAAAAAAAAUUAUAAUAACAUACAAAGGCAGAGAAAUAAUUGUACCAAGCUUGUGAAGGCCUCUGGGGAAACCUCCUUCCUCAUACCUCGUCAUUCUGCAUCUCUCCACAAAGGACAGUCAAUAUUUUUCACCUUGAGACAAAAAAAAAUAAAACAAGAUACAGAAGCAGAGGAAUAAUCAUACUGAGCUUGUGAAGGCCUCUGGGAAAACCCCCGUCCUCAUAUCUCGUCAUUCUGCAUCUCUCCACAAAGGACAGUCAAUAUAUUUCACCUCAAGACAGAAAACAUGCUUAAAAUACUCCGCUGUGCUUCCUAUCACUUUAGAUCAGCUGGUUGGAGUCACAUCACUGCCAGUCUGUCUACAACUUCUAAAUACCAGUCUGCAGCCACUGAGAGGAGGUAUAUCCCACGCCGAGCCGUUCUCUACGUCCCUGGAAAUGAUGAACGGAAAUUACAAAAGAUUCCUUCACUGGCGGCCGACUGUAUUGUGCUGGACUGCGAGGACGGUGUGGCAUUGUCCAUGAAGGAGGCCGCUCGGUCCAAAAUCCGCCGCGUGCUGCACACCCAAGAGAUAGACUUCAGCGGUAAGGACUGCUCGGUGCGCUUCAACAGUGUGGAGAGCGGCCUGUGCGAGGGGGACAUGCUGGAGGUCCUCUCAGCACAGCACCUGCCGGCCACUGUGCACCUCCCAAAAGUGGACUCGCCAGAACACCUCACCUGGUUCGCAGACAGGCUGAAGACGACCCUCGCCACACGCACGCUGGAGGAAAAACUACGACUGGUCAUCUUCGCUGAGUCUGCGGAAUCCCUCCUACAGCUGCCGGAGAUCUGCCGUCGCGGUGCCGAGCUCUCCCAGGACUCUCCCUUCCUCCUCGAUGCAAUUGUGUUUGGCUCGGACGACUUCUGCGCCGACAUUGGUGCUACAAGGACCAACGAGGCGAGGGAGCUGCUGUUCGCCAGGCAGUACGUGGUGACGGUGGCCAAGGCGUUCAAGCUGCAGGCCGUCGAUAUCGUGUACAUUGAUUACAAGGAUCUCGAGGGGCUAAGGAAGCAGAGCGAGGAGGGGGCAGGCAUGGGGUUCACAGGCAAGCAGGUGAUCCAUCCAGGGCAGGUGCCAGUGGUGCAGACAGCCUUCUCCCCUCCGCCGCAGAAGGUCGAGUGGGCGGCAGCGCUUGUGGAGGCCUUUGAACAGCACCAGCAGGAGGGGAAGGGCGCCUUCACCUUCCGAGGACACAUGAUAGACAUGCCACUACUGCUGCAGGCACGGAACAUCCUGCAACUUGCCGCUGUUACCAAGAAGUGAGGGCUGCAGGAUGGCGCAACAGGGCCUCGGAAAGCAGGCCGCCUCCAGCCCCGCCCCUUUUCAUCAGCCAGACAGGCCGGGGCAGUGCAUGUAUGGCCAGCUUAAGAUGCUACACUACUUAUCCAGGUCACUAAGUGCCCGGUGUUCCCUCAGCUGCUGGUGGAUGUUGGUCAUGGCUCGCCUCACCACCUCCUCCAUCAUCCCCGGGCCUGCCACCCCCCCACGCCCGCUGCCCCCUGCUGGAGAUAGACGGGAAAAAGGGGUUAGUGCACAUAUCCAGCGCCAGCUCUUUGAACGUUGUAUUAGUAUUUAUUAACUGUUGUGUAGCUGGCUUGGCUUUAUAAUUCCAAUCUUGGGACGGAGUUUGUUAGAAGUGUUCAAUUUUCUCAGAGUUAAGUCAGCACGUUACAAACUCAGCCGUCAAAAGUGAUAUAAAAAAAGAUCAACAAAACCAACUAACCAUGACUUGAAAAUCGAGUCAAAAAGGAGAAAUCAGCCACUGUAGUGUUGGUGAAGACUAGUACGAGGCUUAAAAAAUUGGAUGUAAGUGUUCUUUUGAUACUGUGUACCGAACCUAUAAAGAAAUUCCUAAUACUAUCUAGUGUGAAUAUGAUGGACAGUUAGGUUGAUUAUAGUUAUUUCAGUGUCUUAAGAGUUGCCCCAAAUUGAAGGCAUCUCUAUAUAUAGUAAUACCACAGACUGCUGAACCAGAGGAGAAGGAAGGAAGAGAGGAGAGAUAAUGUACAUAUCCUUUAUCUGGUGUGGGUGUGAUGGACAGUUAGGUUGAUUAUAGUUAUUUCAGUGUCUAAGAGUCCAAUUGAAGGCAUCUAUCAUGGGUAAACAAAUAUAGGUAUACCACAGGCUGCAAGACCAGAGGAGAACGAAGGGAAAGAGGAGAGUCAGUGUACAUAUCCUUUAUCUGGUGUGGGUGUGAUGGACAGUUAGGUUGAUUAUAGUUAUUUCAGUGUCCAAGAGUCUAGCUGAAGGAAUCGCUUUUAUGGGUAAACAAAUAUAGGUAUACCACAGACUGCAGGACCUGAGGAGAAGGAAGGGAAAGAGGAGAGAUAAUGUACAUAACCUUUAUCUGGGGUGGGUGUGAUGGACAGUUAGGUUGAUCAUAGUUAUUUCAGUGUCCAAGAGUUGCUCCAAAUUGAAGACAUCUCUCAUGGGUAAACAAAUAUAGCACCACAGGCUGCAAGACCAGGAGAUAGUGAAGGUAAAGAGGAGAGUCAAUGUACAUAACCUUUGGCAGGUGUGAUGGACAGUUAGGUUGAUUAUAGUUAUUUCAAUGCCUAAGAGUUGCCCCAAAUUGAAGGCAUCUCUCAUGGGUAAACAAAUAUAGGUAUACCACAGGCUGCAAGACCAGGAGAGAGUGAAGGGAAAGAGGAGAGAUAAUGUACAUAUCCUUUAUCUGGUGUGAUGGACAAUUACGUAUAUUUUAGUUGGUAAUGAAAUGAAAAGAAAUAUAUUAUGUCUUGGACCUUUCUUUUGAGGACCAAGUGGGGUAAAAACAGUCUGUGGAGUAUAUAUUUAGUUGAUGAUAAAAUAAAAUAAAAAUCUAGCAUGCACA